UACAUCCCUUGCCAGGCUGAACCAGAAGCGGGAGGGAGGUCUGAACACGGCGAAGCUCUGCAGUCCGGGACCCUGACCAGUCUGGCCACCGGGACUCACCCUGCUGGCUUGGGCAGGAGGGCGGGCUCCCCUCUCAGAGUUUAAGGGAAAACAAGAUCUUGCACAAAGUACCCGGUGGCUGCCCUCCACAAGGGGAGGGUGACAUGGAGCGGGUCUGGCUGCUCAUCCUUUUUUCUGUCACAGAGCUGUCCCAAGCCCACAACACCACAGUGUUCCAGGGCACCGCAGGCCAGUCCCUGCAGGUCUCCUGCCCCUACGACUCCUUGAAGCACUUGGGGAGACGCAAAGCCUGGUGCCGCCAGCUGGAUGAUGAGGAGGGCACAUGUCAGCGAGUGGUCAGUACCCACCGCUCGUGGCUGCUGUCCUUUCUGAAGAGGCGGAAUGGGAGCACAGCCAUCACGGAUGAUGCCCUGGGUGGCAUGCUCACCAUUACACUGCGGAAUCUUCAAGCCCACGAUGCUGGCCUCUACCAGUGCCAGAGCCUCCGUGGUAGCGAGGCAGAUACCCUCCAGAAGGUCCUGGUGGAGGUGCUCGCUGACCCCCUUGAUCAUCACGAUCCGGGAGAUCUCUGGAUCUCCAAGGAGUUCGAGAGCUUCCGGGAUGCUCAGGUGGAGCACAGCAUCUCCAGGAGCCUGUCAGAAGAGGAGAGCCCCUUCCCACCCACUUCCAUCCUUCUCCUUCUGGCCUGCAUCUUUCUCAGCAAGUUACUAGUAGCCAGUGCCCUCUGGGCUGCAGCCUGGUGUGGGCAGCCACUGAGGACACCCCCAGGCAUUGGUCUGGACUGUGGCCAUGACCCAGGCUACCAGCUCCAGACCCUAACAGGGCGGAGAGAAACAUGAGAGCAGAGGACCCUGCCCAGGAGGAGAGGUGGCAGAGAUCUGCAGAGCCCCCUCCAGCCCCCCACAGCCUGCACACCUGCCUCAGCCACCAAGACUCCUGCUUGUGCUUUGGCAAAAGGCCACUUUGCCUGUACCCUGCUUCCCCUGACCCUUGGAAGGAGGUGUAUGUGUGUGCAUGUGCAUGUGCAUGUGCAUGUGUGCCUGGGAGAUGGGGAGGACAUUUGUCAUUGGACUUCUGAACAUUGGACAUUGAACACUCUUGCAAAUAAAUCCAAGACUUCAUGUUUAACUGGAUGGUUUUGGGCUUCAUGAAAGUCUUCUCUUUUGCUACAGGACUAGGAGAAUGAAUUUGGUUGAAGCAAACAUGAAAGGUCUGGCUCCUUGGUGCUGGUGUCCUAGCCUACCACUUCCAUUGCCACAGACUCCCAACCAGCCACUCUUUCUUCUCCAGAUUCAAUGACCAAAUCCUGCCUUUUCCUCUGGAAUUUUUCCCAUGUCCAGUCUUCCUCUCCUCUUCUUGUCUCCUGUCCGUCAGUCAGUUCCUUGGGAUCACUGCUGGCUCCCCCCCUCCACCUCUCCCUGCACGAGCCCAUCUGAUUCCCUGGUUCAUCCUUUGUUUCCUGAGAGCUUAGCCUUUAUCCUGUUGCUCCCCCACCAAAGAAAUGACAAGAGUUGAAUGUAGACUGCAGCAUUCCAGAGCUGGAACUACUGAACCACGAUCCUCGUUGUACAGAGGGGAAACUGAGGCUCAGAAGGGAAAGGAUUUACCCAG